AUGGCUGGAAUGGUUUGGACUUUUGAUGCCACGGAAGAUUUAAUAAAUCUUUGUAAUGAAUAUCACAAAGAAUUCAAAAAUACUCUGAAUACUGAGCAUGCUACCAUUUGGGUUGAGAUAGCAACUAAAAUAAACAAUAUUCAUCCAGCUCAAGUUACUGGCAGACAAUGCCAAGUCAAAUGGGUCACGCUGGUUUGUGGUUAUGAGAAUUCUAGAAGAAUAAGG